AUGGCGGCCCCAAGCAUCCCCCUCGAGGUCUUUGACAGCUCCAUCAAGCUCAACUUCACUGAGGUGUCCACCUCUGCGAUUGGUGGUCGCGUCAUUGCCUGCUCGGAUGACUUCUUUGUGUCCCGUGACAACCUCAUCAAGCCCGGUCCUUCGAUUUCGAUGAAGGGCCAGUUUGGACCCAACGGCGCACUGUAUGAUGGUUGGGAGAGCAGGCGACACAACCCUACGUUUGACUGGGUGAUCAUUCAGCUGGCAGCACACGAGUCGCACCUGCACUAUGUCGACAUUGACACGUCCCACUUCUCCGGCAAUGAAGCCCCCCAGAGCCAGGUCUUUGGCUUGCACCUCGACCAGCCGGCUGGAGACAACCUCAAGCUGCUGCCCGGUGACAAGCGCUGGGAGGAGCUUCUUCCCGUCGUCACUCUGGGCCCCAACUCGCGUCACAUCUUUGAGCUUGGCGACAAGGCCAAGGAAGGACUCUGGAGCGCUCUUAUGGUCCGCAUGAUCCCGGACGGCGGCAUGGCUCGUUUCCGCGCAUACGGUCGUCCUGUGCCUCCUCCCCUCCUCUCCGCUCUCCCCACCCCAGACGUCGCUCCCAUCGACCUCCUCUCCCCUCUCAUCGGUGGCCGCAUCAUUGCCGCCUCUGACGCCAACUUUUCUCCUCCCAGCAACCUCCUCCUGCCUGGCCGUGGCCACGACAUGAGCGACGGCUGGGAGACCCGCCGUUCGCAGGUUGGCCGCGGCAAGUACGCUCCCGACGGCCCGCUGGCUGGCCAGGAGCGCAAGGAAUGGGUUGUCGCGCGUCUCGGUGCCACUGGUGUCAUCAAGCACGUUGAGAUUGACUCUGCGUACCACGUCGGCAACUAUCCUGUCGCCGCUGGCGCCGAGGCGACCCUUUGCGAUGCCGAGUGGGUCACCAUUGCCGCCAAGACUCCACUGGGCCCUCAUCGCCAGCACUGGCUCGCGACCGACAGCUCCGUGGCGCCGACUGCCGUCUUCUCGCACGUCCGCUGCUCAAUCUACCCUGACGGGGGCCUGAAGCGUCUCCGCAUCUACGGUCACCCCAUCGCCCCCACGACCUCGCUCACCGCUCCUGCUCGCACGACCGAAACGGCCCUCCCGCUUACGUUUGAGGCCUUCAAGCCGUUUGGCCAGGUCAUCCAGGGCUGGGAGCUCGCUACCAGCGCACCCAAGGGUGUGUCGUUCAACCGUGCCAACCAGGACACUGCGGCCAAGUUCCACCGCCUCACACAGGUGUCGCCGGCGGCCACAGCGCUUGGCUGCCUGCGUGCUCCUGCAGAGCACGAUGUGCGUACUGGCGCGACUAUCAACAUCAAGUCGCUCCAGAAGAGCGACUCGACCAAGGCGUUCAUGCCCCAGGGCACUGGUGCCGCGCCCGGCGAAGUUGCGCUCAAUGAUGGCUCUGCGAGCGUUGUUGUCGUCGCCUUGGCGGGCGAGGACGGCUCGCCUGACCUUGCCACUGCCAAGUCGUUCCUCGCGACCGCCGCUCAGGGCGUGUCGUUCAGUGAAAAUGUCUGGUACUCGCUCAUCACCGUCAACGAGAGGCAGGACUAUGCCAUCCUGGGCUCCAAGGACGCCGAAUACACCGAGUCGGCUGUCGACUUUGACGUCUACGUCCCGGCUUAUAACCCCGCCCCCGUCAAGGCUGUGCCGCCGACUCCCGCACCCAGUGCCGGCGCCAUUCUUGCGUCGGCCCUGCACGGCGGCGACGCUAUCCACCCCGUGCCCGUCACCGAGAAGGACUUUGCACCCUUUGGCGAGCUCAUCCGCGCCUACCCCGCCGGAUACACCAACGGAGUCGCUUCGGGCUCCCCCAAGCCCCACCAGUCGUGGAUCUCGACCACCACCGACACUUACCCUGUGCACGCUGGCGCGGUGUCUUCAAUUGGCGUGUACCGCUCCACAAAGAAGAUCGGCCUUGAGCGCGGCCAAGUCUUUGACGUCAAGUACAUGGAGCGUCACCCUUACACUUCGCAGUCCUUCAUCCCCAUGGGCAAGGGCUCGAUCAGCGGUAAGGGAGAGAACGCGCUGAGCCCCGGAGGCGCCUUCCUCGUCGCUGUGGCCAUGAACGGCCCCGAUGACCGUCCCGACCCUGCCACCCUCCGUUCGUUCAUCAUGGAGAGCGGUACUGGACUGGUCUACCGCGCUGGAGUUUGGCACCACCCUGUCCUCGUGCUCGACGACACGCUCGACCUGGCGUGUAUCGAGACCCAGGUGGCUACCGGUGCCGGCGGUGUCUCGGACGAGCGUGACUGUGAGCUCCUCACUUACGAAGUGGAGGGCCAGCCUUUCGGCCGCAUCGCCGUGCCCGACCUCUAA